GUCAACUGUCAAUUUUAACAGACACAACAUAACCCAAUUUUUAGCUAAAAUAACAAAUAUGAAACGCGAAUUUAAGUGGUGACCCAAAAUGAGCGAAUCUGAAAGUGGGACUUACACCCAAACAUGGCUAGGUACCCCCUUAUCGGACUUGUACAAAGGCCAAGGCCCGUGGGGCUUCGCUACCUCUCCUGUCACGCCCGCAAGGUACCACCACGUCCUGUUUGAGCUCCCCGUGACACUAAAAGAGCCCCCACAGCCCCAUUAUAACUCACAACCCAAGCACUGGGAUGAUGAUUACGUCAGGAUGCCUUACUCUUCUCACAGUUUAUUUUUAGUCAAAGAAGAUGGAGAGGAAGUGAUAAAACCGCGCUGGGAUGUCAUAAAUGAAGCCCUUUCGAAACCUAUCAACUCUGUUGAGGAAUUAGAAAAAGCAAUAAACUCUUACAAUAACAAGUUACCAAAAUUUACAGCACUGCAACAUUUUUUUAAUGAUGUUGUAGAAGAGGAAGAAGCGCAACAUUUUUUUAGUUCAUUAUUACCCAAAAUCAUCCAACUUGCAUUACGUUUACCUGAAUUAGUCCCUGGAAGUAUCCCACUGUUGAGAAAAAAUCAUUCAAAGUCGGUCAGUUUGAGCCAAUUACAAGUUGCGUCACUGUUAGCAAAUGCGUUUUUAUGUACUUUAAUCUGGAGGAAAAAAACUUCCGAUACUUUCCCUGGUGUUAAUUUCACAAAAUUAUUCAACGCCGAUGACCGAACUUUACGCCAAGAAUGUGUAGCAGAAAAAUUGAAGUGUAUCAUGCACUACUUCAAGAGAGUUACUACCAAAACUCCUGCCGGUGUCAUAACUUUCGAGCGUAAAUUCGUCCCAAGGAACCAAAUGCCACGAUGGGACACUUUGGACAAUAAUUUAGGAAACACCAAAGUACAUAUCUCAAGCUCAGGGACGAUAGAAGAAGCUGUAGGUUUUCUACAAGUAGAUUUUGCUAAUAAAUUUAUAGGCGGCGGUGUCUUGUCUUAUGGCUGUGUUCAGGAAGAAAUCCGGUUCGUCAUUUGCCCGGAAUUGAUAAUCAGCCGCCUGUUCACCGAAGUGUUGGGCGACGGCGAAGCCGUCAUUAUCACCGGAAUUGAGCGAUACAGCAAUUACUCCGGUUACUCCAACACCUUCAAAUGGGACGGCCCCUUCAUCGACGACACACCGUUCGACGAUUACGGUCGCCGGAAAACAACGUUGGCUGUGAUAGACGCGACCCAAUUCACCAAAUCCAAAGACCAAUUCCACUGUUCGACGAUUUUGCGAGAACUCAAUAAAGCUUAUGUCGGGUUCAGUUGUCGCGAAAAACAAAACCUGGCACCUGUGGCGACCGGCAAUUGGGGCUGUGGGGCCUUCAAAGGCGACCCUAAUUUAAAAUCGUUGAUCCAACUCAUGGCAUGCAGCGCCUCUGGGAGAGACUUGGUGUAUUACUCGUUCGGCGAUGUCGAGCUCCGAGACGAGUUUUACAAAUUGUAUCUCUUCCUCGCCAAUAAAAAAAUCACAAUAUGCCAGCUGUGGCGGUAUUUGUGCCGAUUUUGCGCCGCAAAUGUCACUUCUGACAAGUUGUAUUCAUUUAUCCAACAAUGCCACUUCGAUUCCAAAACGCAGCCAACAAUUAAACAAUUUUUGUGUUUCACACAGAAGAGGAAACCUGAUCUCAACUUGCCCUCAACGUCGACCGAGGAGGAAGUGAAAACGAAGAAAAAUUUGCCGAACAGAACAGACGAGUUGAAAAUUUCGAAGUCCGAGGCGAAGCCGAGUACAAAGUAUCCGGUUUUACCGGUGACGAUCGAGCGAAAACAAAGUCCAGUCAGUUCAGACGAAAUUAUACAGAUCAUAGAUAUCAUAGACGGGAAAGUGGCGAAAAGUCCGGGAAAUGACGACCAAGAGGAAAGUUUCCUGUCCAAGAUUGAUAAAAUGAAGAAAAGCGAGAAGAGUGACGAUUGCGAGAUUCCCAUGGAAGUUGAGGUGGAGCCCAAACCUGUCGGAUUCAUCGAAGAUAAGAAGAGGAAGAUUAGCGAUUAUUUCUCUAAAGUGACGAAUCAUGUCAACAGCUAUUUGUAAUUUCUUAAUAAAAAUGAAUUAUUUUAUUUA